AUAACGGCAGGGCAGGCAGCUGAGCAGAGCGCGGCUGACCAGGAAGACGGGCAGCUGGGCAGGGCCUCAGGAUGGACCCCUUCGUAGACACCCUGCAGCGGCUGCGGGAGGCCUUUGUCUCAGGGCGCACACGGCCGGCUGAGUUCCGGGCCACCCAGCUGAAGGGCCUGAGCCGCUUUCUGCAAGAGAACAAGCAGCUUCUGCAGGAGGCGCUGGCUCAGGACCUGCACAAGUCAGCCUUUGAGGCAGAGCUGUCUGAAAUCAGCAUCAGCCAGAACGAGAUUAACUUGGCCCUUAGGAACCUGAGGGCCUGGAUGAAGGAUGAGAAAGUGUCCAAGAACCUGGCCACGCAGCUGGACUCGGCCUUCAUCCGGAAGGAGCCCUUCGGCCUGGUGCUCAUCCUGUCUCCCUGGAACUACCCUCUGAACCUGAGCCUGGGGCCCCUGGUGGGUGCCCUCGCAGCAGGGAACUGCGUGGUGCUGAAACCUUCCGAGAUCAGCAAGAGCACUGAGAAGGUCCUGGCCGAGGUGCUGCCCCGAUACCUGGACCAGAGCUGCUUUGCCGUGGUGCUGGGCGGGCCCCAGGAGACGGGGCGGCUGCUGGAGCACAAGUUCGACUACAUCUUCUUCACAGGGAACCCUCAAGUUGGCAAGAUCAUCAUGACUGCCGCCGCCAAGCACCUGACGCCCAUCACACUGGAGCUGGGAGGCAAGAACCCCUGCUACGUAGAUGACAACUGCGACCCCCAGACCGUGGCCAACCGGGUGGCCUUCUUCCGCUGUUUCAACGCCGGCCAGACCUGCGUGGCCCCCGACUAUGUCCUGUGCAGCCCCGAGAUGCAGGCACGGCUGGUGCCCGCCCUGCAGAGCGCCAUCACCCGUUUCUAUGGCGACGACCCCCAGAGGUCCCCAAACCUGGGCCGCAUCAUCAGCCAGAAGCAUUUCCAGCGGCUCCGGGGCCUGCUGAGCUUCGGCCGCGUGGUCAUUGGCGGCCAGAGUGACGAAAGCGAUCUCUACAUCGCCCCCACGGUGCUGGUGGACGUGCAGGAGACAGAUCCGGUGAUGCAGGAGGAGAUCUUCGGGCCCAUCCUGCCCAUCGUGAACGUGAGGAGCCUGGGCCAGGCCAUCGACUUCAUCAACCGUCGGGAGAAGCCCCUGGCCCUGUACGCCUUCUCCAACAGCAGCCAGGUGGUCAAGCGGGUCCUGGCCCAGACCAGCAGCGGGGGCUUCUGUGGGAACGACGGCUUCAUGCACUUGACCUUGGCCAGCCUGCCUUUCGGAGGAGUGGGCAGCAGCGGGAUGGGCAACUACCACGGCAAGUUCUCCUUCGACACCUUCUCCCACCACCGCGCCUGUCUGCUGCGCCCCCCAGGGCUGGAGAAGAUCUACGCCAUCCGCUACCCGCCCCACACUCCACGCAACCUGAGGGUGCUGCUGAUGGCCCUGGAGACCCGCAGCUGCAGCUGCACCCUGCUGUGAGCCCAGCCCAGGCUCGGGGGCACUGAGCGUCCCCUUCCAGCCCACGCCCAUGAGUCCUCCGCUGCCGUGGCCACCUGAAGCUGGGGGAGACAGGACCUGGGAUCCACGACGCAGGGGCAAAAGACCUGCCAAGGCCACAGUCCAGACCAGUGCUUGCCCUCCUCCCACCCAAGGCUUCUCUUUUCAGGCCCUCAGCUGCCCCACAACCAGGAUGGGCCAAGGUGUGGGCACGUGGGAAACUGUAACCUGUUCUCUGGCUCCCAGGCUGGCCACCUAUGUUCCAGGGGAGUCGGGCAGCUGUGGGCACUCGGGACCCCUCUUUCUGUGGAGGGGUGCAGAAGGGGCCCUGGCAUCUGAUCCAUGCCCUGCUGUGGACCUGCUGUGACCUGGGUCAUCCCUGCCCUCUCUGAGCUUGUCCCCCUCUCUGGUGUACAGAGGAGGUGACGAACAAUAUCUCCUGAGAUCACUGUGAGGAUUAAAUUUUGGAACCUAAUUGCU